AUGUCUCUCCGCCGUCUUGUAAGUGACUUGGGUCGUAUGUGCCUACAGACUGCAAGCCAAUCGAUGGAAAUUCAACAAAACAGAGCAAUCCAUGCUUCAAUUCGAGCAGCAGAUAGUAUUCGUGAUGCACAUAGACAAGGAACUAGAAUUGGAACAGGACAAGUAGAAACAAUGGAAGGAACAACAGGAGCUGGAAUUCAGACUGCAGUCAAUACUUCAUCUAUAGACGCUCGCCUUCCGACUGCUGAGACAUUGAAACAACAAUUUGAUGGAGUUGCGUAUCACGAGCUGCCAUUGGUUUAUAUUCGUGCUAGCAAAAAUAACACAUUAGUCACUGUUAUGGAUAAUAAGAACGAAGUAAUCACAUCAACGUCAUGCCGGCUGGAGGGAUUCAAAAAUGCCAGAAAGAAGACAACAAUCGCCGGUCAGACAACUGGAGUUGCAGCCGGACAGAGACUUGUCAGAAGAGGAAUUCGAACUGUUCGAGUACAAGUUAAAGGUCUUGGACCCGGACGUAUGACAUGUGUCAAAGGUCUCACAGUUGCUGGUGUUCAUGUUGUCAGCAUCUCCGAUCACACUCCAUUGUGCGAACUUGGACCACGGCCACGCAAGAUUCGUCGUAUUUAGUUCCAGUUUGAAUUUUUAUUUGUGUAAAUUCCAAUUUUCAAGAUCAAGAUUGGUCUAACGUAGGUAGAUUUCUUCCAUUUUUGUUUUGUUGAUUGUUUUUAUGAUUUUUUAAAACAAUUAAUAUUCUUUAUUUUUG